AUGUCUUCAAAAUUGCCUCUUAUUUGCCUCAUUAUUCUGGUUUACAUCACUACUAGUUCUGUAGUUCAUGGACAAGGACUGAUUGUUCAAUUUGAAAACGGAAUGUUGGCUUGCUCCGUGACAGGAAAUCCUCCAGGAGUCGGAAUCCCUAGCGUACCUGUCAAUAUUUCUUCGGAUGGGGGUAACACAAACCUUGCAAGAUUGGUAACAGGUCCUCAGGGCAACAUUAAAGCUACAAUUAAUUUUUCAGAGCCAAGUAUAAUACAAUCUUUUUCCUUUUCUCCAAUUGUUGCAACAGUUGAUCUACCAAUUGAUCCUAAUGUUAAUUGUACUCUUCUUCCUACCUCAGGAAGACUUCAAGCUCCCAUUUCAAUUAUUAGAAUUCCCAACUUUGGUGAAUUUAUGGUAGUAGAGAUUGAGGCAUUUGACUAUAUAAAUGAAGUAUAG